GAAACAACGAGUCCACAAUCAAACUGCUGCUUACGCAGCUCCGCUCCCAGUUCGCACUAAAACAACUCGGACAAAUCUCACUCUUUCUUGGCAUUCAGGUCCUUCAAACCAAAACUGGCUAUUUUCUAAACCAAACUCACUAUGCUACCAAACUCCUUAAUGAUGCAGGUUACACAGACUGUAAGCCAGCGCCAACCCCCAUCACGCCCUCGUCCAAGAAAAAACAAUCCGCCGGGACACCAUUUUCUGAUCCAACUAUGUACAGAAGAAUCGCCGGAUCGCUCCAGUAUCUCUCUAUUACCCGACCGGACAUCGCUUUCGCCACAAAUGUUGUAUGUCAACACAUGCAAAAUCCAACCGAUCAGGAUUUUAAAGCUCUGAAAAGACUCCUACAUUACAUCAAAGGCAUCUCCUACGGGUUGCCUAUUUCUGCAGGAGAUCUCGAACUACAUUCCUAUACAGAUGCCGACUGGGCAUCCGAUGCUAGUGAUAGAAAAUCCAUUUCAGGAUUUUGUACAUUCUUAGGUCCUAAUCUCAUCUCCUGGACCGUCAAAAAGCAAGUUAUUGUUGCAAAAUCUUCCACCGAAGCAGGUACAGAUCCUUAUCCGCGGCCACCUCAAAAGUCAUUUAGCUUCACUGCCUAG